AUAUCUACUUUUAUAAAUUGAUUUUUUUUAUAAUUUAGACUAGUCUCUAAUUACAGAUAUUAAUAAUUGAAAUUAUAUAUCGGUAAAUAUACAAAUUUAACUCUAACUUUUAGAGGAAAAAUAAAAUAAAAUAUAGCCCUAAGGGCUACAUAUAUCAUACCCUUUAACACACACUGACACCCUUCAAUACGUCCCAUUCAUACAAUAAUAACCCAAACACUCAUAUAAAAUUAACAACUAACCCAAUAUUCUAUUCCAAACAAAUAAACCCCUUUACACUUGCAUGCAACAAAUCACAUAACACAACCAUGAAACUUCCCACCAUCCCCAAACUCCCACUCCUCCUCCUUCUCCCUCUCCUCAUCCUCCUCCUCACCUUCCUCUCUCUCUCCUCAAGCCGACCCACACCCACCGACCUCAUUAUCCGACCCGAAUACACCUCCUACCAAUCCUACCUCACCCACCAACUCCACAAAACCCUAAACCCCAAACUCCGCAAAAUCUGGCUCACCCGAGAUUGGACCCGCAAAAUCCACGUCUUCUCUCUCUUCUUUCUCUCUCUUCAAAAUUCCCACCUUCUCUCCAACCAAUCCAAAGCCCUCUGCAUUGGCGCACGAGUCGGGCAGGAAGUUGCCGCGUUAAAGCGAGUUGGAGUGAGUGACUCAGUUGGAAUCGAUCUGGUGCCGUACCCACCGUUGGUUGUUUUCGGGGACUUUCAUUCUCAGCCGUUCGAUGAUGAGGUUUUUGAUUUUGAGUUUUCGAAUGUGUUUGAUCACGCGCUUUUUCCGGAGAAGUUUGUGAAGGAGAUCGAACGGACGUUGAAGGUUGGUGGGAUUUGUGUGUUACACGUGGCGGUAUCUAAGCGGGCUGAUAAGUAUUCUGCUAAUGAUUUGUUUAGUGUUGAUCCGUUGGUUAAGUUGUUUAAGCAUUCUCAGGUGGUUUAUGUUAGGGGUAUUGAUGGGUUUGGGCUUGAUACUGAGGUCGUUUUUAGAAAAAUCAAAGAAAUUAAUUGAUUGGUUGAUUUUAAUACUUUUAUUUAAUCUGUUUAAAAAAAAAAAAAAAAAAAAAAAAAAAACUUAUUAAAUCUAGUGUAUUAAAAAAAAUUGAAAUUCCGAAGGAAUGAUUAUUGGUUAUUGAUCAUUGAUGAUUUUUUAUUGAUAUGAAUACGGCAUGAGGAUGUUUAUGACGUACAUUGAGUGAGUGAUACGAAAUAUAUACUUGUAUCGGUUUGUAUGUCGUUAUUGUGGUGUCAUGAGAUUAGAAUUGUACGGAACUUAUUUCUAAACGAUAUGCAGGAUGCAAUAGUUUACGAGUAAUUGGUUAUUUGAAUGGACAAAGAAAGAUACAUUUACAUCUAAAAUUGUUAUUGUGGAGCUUUAAGAUGAUUGUUAGGAGUAGAACAUAUUAUGGUAUGAGUCAAUAUGAUUUUUUUUUUCUUUCUAAUUUAUGUAAGUAUGUCUCUAACAAUUGUAAAUUUGUGUAUGUUUUUAACGCUCAAUUUGUUAGAAAAAAUAAAAAAAUUUGUAUAUCAACCAAAUAUCUAACGGUGGUCAUAUUGGUCAACGAGUUCAUUGCCACUUUUCCGGCAGAGAAAUCCAUAGUACGUACUAUAGGAGUGCAAGUUGAUUUCUCACAAAUUUGGCAAAUGCAAAAGUGCCAAUAAUGCAAAAGCCCAACUCCGUAAAUGGUCUGAUUCUGUGAAUGUCAGAAGCAACUGUAUGAAGAAGAUUGAGUUGGUCCACUUGUUAACAUCUUCAAAUGGAUGUGCAGUGCUAGAUCUUGUGUACAGUGUACCCUUCAAAAGGGAAAGGAAAGAAAAUAAAUGCUCAUUACCAACAUUGAUCACGUACCCUAAUGGUUGUGUACUUGUGUGUAGUGGUUAAUUUUGGUCAUCAUUUCUCUUCUAUUGGUUAUAAUUGAUUAAAGAAAAAAAAAAAAAUUGAUCUCUAUUAGAGGUGACAAUCAGGUCAUUUGGAUUGAAUCA